CGUUCAGAAUUCUAAAUGUUCUUAUAAUUCGUUUGAAUAUUCGUAUUGUAUUAAACCGUUGCUCGAGUGGCCAACAAACGAACUUCUCCACGUUCCGAGACGACACAGCUUCCCUGGUUUUUGCAGCCGAGAGACGAGGUUCCCGGCAGCGCGCCUCCCAGCCUCCCCGCGAGGACCAGCUGAUGGGCCUGUUAUGUAAAUGUGGAGUUGCCCGUAGGAUUUGCCUUCAUUCAUUUCUAGAGCACUUCCUGCUGUGACGGGUUUGAGUGGUCGCUCGUCUGCGCUUCAGGAAACUGCUGCAGUCUGCCGCUCUCUUCAGCUCAACUCACAUGACAUCAAACUUUGGAAAUAAAACGCAUGGAGGAAAAUGUAGAUGUCAAGGCCAUCCGGGCCAAAUUUCACGCUCAGCUACAAAUGGUAGCUUCCGGAGGAGGAUCCGCCAUUAAACCUCAUAUGGUUGGUGCGCUGCCAGAGUCUCUAACCAAUGGAGCUCUCCGAAACAAGUCUUCAGCUGUGCCUCCAAGAUCAGUCUUUCCUCUGAACGCUCAUAGUGAACCAGAGAUGUUUCAGUCGGGGCCUCAGGGAGUCUUUCCAAGACCUCCUCCCUCCCAUCGCUUGGGAGCCCAGGAGAGUCCUAAAACGCCCCCUACGGAGGUCAACGUGCCGAGCAGAGUCAAGCUGACUGGAGAACUUCUUCAGCGCAAGAUACUUCAACAGCACAGCGACAUGAAAGCGUCUCCAGCGUUCAAACCACCUCUGCCGAGUCAGAGGAGCGUUUCGGAGGUAGUACCGCUCAGAAAGCCGCUUCCCACCGUCGGCCCGCGACCCACAAAGCCAAGACGUCCGCCGUUGGUGAACCUGGAUCACUUCCGAAAAAAGGCCCCCGUCCUUCUUCCCAAAAGAAACGUAGAUCUCCAAAUUCCUAAAGGACCGGCACGGCCACCAAACAAACCCACACUGUUGACAUCAUCCUUUUCAGAAUUAAACGUUGACCCUCAGGAGGACUACGACGACAUCAGCGCACUCCCUCCACCUCCUCCCACACCUCCCAAGCCAAGAAGUAAAUACUCGUGGACCGACGCUUUCCCUUCUCAACAAGAGGACAGCGAUCAAGAAAUCUACGAAGACCCAGAUAGACCUGUUCCUGCUGAGAGGAAAGUAUUAAAAGAGACUAAAAAGAUAGAGCUGGAUAAGAAAGAGCUAAAGGAAAAGCAGAAGUGGGAGAAUGAGUAUAGAAAAAAAUUUAAGCUGAAUGGUCCUAUUGAGGUGAUCCACAUGGCUCGUGUGAGAGAGGACUGGCAGGGCGGUAAGAAUGACCUGACCGUGAGACAGGGAGAGAACGUGGAGAUCAUCCGGGUCAACAACAACCCGGGGGGGAAAUGGCUGGCGAGGAACCUGAGGGGCAGCAUGGGCUACAUCAGCAACUCCUGUGUGGAUGUGGAUUAUGAAGAAGUGAAGCGGAAAAUCCGUGCUCAAACGGGACCCUCCACCCACCCUUCUGCAGUCCGGCCCAUCAACCCAGAAGUGUACGAUGAUAUCGGCUCCAACGACCAGCUGGACAGUUUUCACAGUGAUGAUGUAUACGAUGACGUGGACCGUGAAGAGUUUCCUCCUCCUCCCCCAGAGAUCAGCCACGAUCCGGCGAAGGCCAAGCAGCGGGAGAAAGAAGAGAAAGAAUUUCGAAAGAAGUUUAAGUUCGAAGGGCCCAUCCGAGUUCUGUACACCAUGAUGGUGGAUCCCAAUGCCAAUCCGAAGAAGGGUGGGAGCAAGUACCUGGACGUGGUCCGUGAAGAGAUUCUCGAUGUUAUCCAGGAGACCAGCAAGAAGCAUGUUCUGUGUCGUAAUGGACAGGGCAAAUUUGGAUAUGUACCUUCGAAUUACCUUAUGCACGAUGAGAAUGAAGUUUAUGAUGACAUUGAAACUGCUUCAGAUAUAUACGACAACGAUGACAGCUGACCUGCUUGAAGAAGAUGGUUACCGUCCACGUAAAAAAAAAAAACACCACCGUCGAAUAAACGACUAACGUGGUUUGGCAGUGUUUGCUUUGGGAAAACCGAAGCUUCAAGCUUUGUACAUUGUAGUAAUAAUUAUUACGGAACAUUAUAAUUAUCAAAACGAUUACGAUUGAAAGAAUGCUUUGUAAAGAAUUUGAGAUUUGUAAUUAUUAUACUGAAGUUUUUGUUAUAUAUAUGUAUAUUUGUUUUGUGACAAUCCAGAUUCGUUCCAAUGAAAAUAAUUGGUUUA